AUGUCUGAGAGUGAAGAGAAAUGGAUGCAAGCCUCAUGGAAUGAUGUUAAGGCUUAUGGUGAAGCUUUGCCACUUUUUGGUGUUCGCACGACGAGUGGUGCAGAAGGUGACAACCAUGGUUUACCUGGGGUGGUGCCCGAACUCAACGCGUGUAUGAGUCCUUACGUGCAUUUUGCCUUCGGUCGAUUGAUGUAUGCACCAAAAGAUUGA